AGGAGGUGAACAAAGAGGGGGGCAAACUCCCCAAGUCCCACAAAGUCACCCGGGAGCACCGGGAGAGGCCCCGGAAAGACUCGGAGAGCAAAGGCUCCUCGCGAGACCCAGAGCGGGAAGCCGGCAAGGCCGCCAAGGAGCCCUCCAAGAAACACGCCACCGAGAACAAAGGCCCGAAGGAGGAGAAGCCCCUCCCCAAGGCCGCCCUCAAGGAGGCCAAGCUGGCCCUGAAGGAGCACAAGCUGGAGAACGCCUCGCCCAAGGUGGGGGCGCCCCCGGCCCCAGAAGGGAAGCCCUCGGCCAAGCGGCCCCUGGCGGUGGAGUCGCCCAAGCCCAUGGCCAAGAAGCCCAAGAAAAACAGCUCCAAGGGAGCCAAGACCCUCCCCACCAACGCCCACCGGACCACCACUACCACCACCACCACCACCUCCUCCUCUGCCUCCUACGCGGAGAAGAAGCUGCCCAAGGAGAAGGGCCCCAGCGCCAAAGCCGAGAAGGCCAAGCCGGAGAGCGAAGCCAAGGCCAUGAAGAAGCCCGUGGAGGUGACCGUGGCCGAGGAGUCCAACUCGGAGGACGAGGCCUCACUCAAGUCCGAGUCUGCCGUUUCCAGUCCUUCCAACUCCAGUUCCAGUUCCGACUCCAGCUCCGACUCAGAUUUCGAGCCCUCUCAGAACCACAGUCAAGGGCCGCUGCGUUCCAUGGUGGAGGACCUGCAGUCGGAAGAAUCGGACGAUGACGAUACUUCCUCCGGAGAAGAGGUGGCCGUGAAGUCCACGCCCAUCAGCAGAGAGGCCAGGCUCAGCCACAGCGACAGCGACACCGACAACAGCGCCGACUCCUGCCUGCCGAGUCGAGACACGCCCCCCAGGCAGAAGGGCCCCUCCGCCAACAAUAAGGUGUCCGGCAGGAAAAGUCCGGAGUCCUGCAAUAAACCGGAGAAGAUCUUAAAGAAAGGGACUUACGACAAGGCCUACACAGAUGAGUUGGUGGAGCUUCACCGGCGGCUGAUGGCUUUACGGGAGCGCAACGUCCUGCAGCAG